AGCUAGCAGACGAUGCUCAGCUGUUAGAUUCUGCUCAGCUGUUGGUGAAGCACAAACACACCACUUCUUUGUUGUUUUAUGUGUCCUUUGCAUUCUUUAGGGCUCAUCAAUCUUGUGACUUAAGACUUAGUCUACUCCUCCUACGAUGUCGUUUAGGAAAGCUUCGCAUGCAGGGACCUGGUAUUCUGGUUCAGUGAAAGAACUGGGCCGACAACUUGACGGAUGGCUGCAAGUGGUUAAUGUGACCCACCGCCCGGCAAGAGCUAUAAUAGCACCGCAUGCUGGAUACAGUUAUUGCGGCGCUUGUGGGGCUUACGCAUACAAACAAGUUGAUCCGUCUGUCGUAAAACGUAUUUUUGUUCUUGGACCGUCUCACAAUGUUUGGCUUCCAGGCUGUGCUCUUUCUAGCACAACCAAGUACUGUACACCAUUUUAUGAUCUACCCAUAGACUCUCAAGUCUACUCCCAACUUGAAAGCACCGGCCAAUUUGAGAGAAUGAGCAUUAGUGUUGAUGAGGAGGAACACAGUUUGGAAAUGCAUUUACCUUACAUUGCUCGUGUGAUGGAGGAUUACAAAGAUUCCUUUAAAAUUAUACCAAUAAUGGUAGGAUCCUUAACCGUGGAGAGGGAAGCUGCCUACGGUCAACUUCUUGCUCCGUAUUUGGCUGAUCCAAAUAAUUUAUUUGUGGUUUCAUCAGACUUCUGUCAUUGGGGUCAACGUUUUCGCUACACAUAUUAUGAUCAACAGUUUGGUCAAAUUCAUCAAUCAAUUGAGGCCCUCGAUAAGAUGGGCAUGGAUUUAAUAGAAGAUGUGAACCCGAGUGCAUUUGCUGACUAUCUGAAAAAGUAUGAUAAUACCAUUUGUGGUCGCCAUCCCAUUGCAGUCUUAUUGCAAGCUGCUGCAGUUUUGGCGUCUAGAGGAACCCAAAUGUCUAUGAAGUUCUUGAAAUACGCUCAGUCUGACCAAUGUCGCAACAUGGGUGACUCAUCUGUUAGUUAUGCAUCAGCCUCCUUGGUGUUUAACUGAGUGGAUUUGGGUGCACAUUUUUGUAUGAACUGCCAUAAUAAUGCUGUAAUUUUUCUGUUAAUUCUUUUUCUUUCUUAUUUGCUAUGGCAUAGAUUGUAAGAAAUUUAACAUGACACAGUUGCAGUAAAGACAAUUUUUUUUUUAGCUAAGAGCAACAUUGUUGACACAUUCAUUC